AUGGCCCCCGCUGGCGAUGAAACGUUGCUUCAAACACAACACCAUCACGCCACCCACGGAUUGGUGAUUGACUGGGAUGAAACAAUCACUGUUAAUGACACGUUGUCCUUAGUCGCCAGCCAGCCCCUCGCACCUUACACCGCCAGCUACCUCGAUGACUACAACCAGUUUGCCCUCGACCAUCCUCGACCCACCACCAUUGACGAGGAACGCCAGUGGCAGCGGGCGCUAGCUCCCAUUGAGGCGGCGUCGAUAGCUCGCCUUGAACUGGGGCGGGCGCUCCAGUGGCCUCGCCAUCCCCCCGAAGAACCGCUUCCUCAGCUUCGACCUGGGUUUAUAUCAGCGGCUCGCAAGUGUAACGCCCUCGGGGUGCCGUUGGUGAUAUUGUCGCUUAACUGGAGUCUGUGGUGGAUGAAGCGAAGCAUGAACCACUAUGGCAUUCGCAUUGCUGACUAUAUCACCAAUGAGGUCGACUUUGCCUCGGGCAUGUUUGCCGACGCCAAGUGGGGCAAAAUCCACACGGGAGCAGAUAAGGCGCGGGUUAUGGCCCAGCUCAACGCUACCUCGGUCAAGUGGUCGAUGGUGGGGGAUCUGAGGACCGACAUCUUGGCGAUGAUCGACGCCAAUGGCGGUGGCAUUGUCAUACGCGACGGCGCUAACGAUAAAGUGGGGCUGUCAGCGAUCAAGGCGCUAGCGAACCUUGGCGUUUCUGUCGAGAAGCUGGAACCUAUAAAGGGUAAAGUGGUGUGGUGGACGUGGCAAGAAAUUGAGGCAUGGAUCGACUCCAUGCCACCUCAAACUAAGGGGUUGUAA